AUGAGUUCAACGACGGACAGGAAGAAACUCGUCGUUGUUGGCGAUGGAGCAUGUGGAAAAACUUGUCUGCUGAUCAGAUUUGCCGAAGAAAGAUUUGAGCCUGAUUACAUCCCGACUAUCUUCGAAAAUCGCGCAAAAGAGAUCUCGGUAGAUGGAAAGCCUAUUGACUUGACCUUAUGGGACACGGCUGGGCAAGAAGCAUACGAUCAGAUUCGACCGCUAGCCUACAAUAAUGCAAACGUAGCGUUAAUUUGCUACUCGAUCGACUCGCCCGCAUCACUCCACAACGUCACUGAAAAUUGGAUCACAGAAAUCAGCCACUAUUGUCCGAAGACGCCAGUUUUACUGAUUGGAAAUAAACUUGACCUCGCUUCGGACACUCUUCAAACCGUCACAAAGGCGCAGGGCGACGAGGUGGCCGAGAAGAUCAAGGCGGUCGCUCACAUCCAGUGCUCUGCCCUCAACGACGAAAAUGUCCAACAAGUGUUCGAGCGAGCCGCCAAGGAAGCGCUCAAAGGAAGCUCCGACAAGCCAGAAAGUGGGGGAUGCUGCACUGUAAUGUAG